CGGAAUGUCAGCUGUCAUGUGGAGCUUCCUGCUCGGUAAGCGACACCCAUCCAACUGAGCCGCACCACAUCGGCCUGUCUCUCCCCAGAGCUGCUUAAAUUCAGUCCGGAGCCCUGCUAGGGGUGAUUGGGGACUUCCAGUGACGGCAAACAUGCGCUCCGUAGCUGGACUGGCUGUCAUUGUGGUGGCAGCGAGCGUCUACCUCUACCUGCUGUCGACGCACCUUCCUCCAGGACCAAAGCAGCCACAGGCGGCCUCGGAGGGCCAGGACAAAGAGCUCCAGGAGUACAGACUGAAGUUCCCGUCGGAUCUGGAUGAGCUGCGAGAACUCGCUGAGAUGCUUAAGUUUUAUAAAAGGGAACAUCAUGGCUACGUUUUGCUGCUGUUCUGUAGCGCCUACCUGUAUAAACAGUCUUUUGCCAUACCUGGUUCCUCCUUUCUGAACAUGUUGGCUGGUGCGAUUUUUGGGCCCUGGGAGGGUCUUUUGUUGGCUUGUCUACUCACCACUUCAGGCUCCACGUUCUGCUUCUUGUUGUCUAAAGCAUUUGGAAAACAGCAUGUGGUUCAGAUGUUCCCUGACAAGGUGGCUCUGCUACAGAGGAAGGUGGAGGAGAAUCGCAGCAGUCUGUUCUUUUUCCUCCUUUUCCUCCGUUUCUUUCCUAUGACUCCUAACUGGUUCCUUAACAUCACCUGUCCUGUCCUCAACAUCCCCAUGCCCAUCUUCUUCUCCUCUGUCUUCAUAGGUUUGAUUCCCUACAACUUCAUCUGUGUCCGGACAGGCUCCAUCCUCUCAGAGAUCUCCUCCAUGGACGACAUCUUCUCCUGGGGGACGCUGGCUCAGCUCCUGGCCAUCGCCAUCGCCGCUCUGGUGCCCGGAGCACUGAUCAAACACUACAGCAAAACUCAUCUGAAGGUGGACGGACUGGAGAGCAACGGAACAAGUCUGGCUGAAGUCAACCAGGACCGGAAGAGGCGAUGAUUGUUGGGUGAAGAAAGACUCAGUGUCAGAAGAACUGAGGUGACACUGGGAGGAAUGUGACCUUUAAUCCACCCCAGGCCUGUGAUUUCUGUAAGGUCACACCGGAGGCUCUUCAUACUCGGUACGAUCUGUCUUCAGAUCCUGUUACAUUGGUUUUAAUACCACAGUUUUCCAAAGAUCUCGCACUACUGAUACACAGCUACAGCUUCAGGGCAGUUUUCUAAGAAGAGCUCUAAAAUUUCUUAAACUCUUAAGAAAAUGCCUUAAAGUCAUUGAUGUUUUUCUCCAAAGACUUUCACAUACUGAGGAAAUAUUGUAAUUAGGAUUUUUCCUACAGCAUUAAUAUUAAUCAAAUUACCUGAAUAUAUAUAUAUAUUGGA